CUUGCACGUCGCGAGUCUUCCUACGUGCAGCUGCAACACGAGACUUCAGAUUUAGCCGAGUGCUCUCUGAACGACAUUGUCUACGUAGCAGCUUGUCCGUAACGCCAGCAAUUUGAUGGCGUCGGCAUCAUGGAGUCCUGAUCCUGUGCUGAUGAACAUGGACCUCGUAGAGCUGUUGGAAACGGUGGCAUGCAGAAUUUCUAGGGAUGUUGCCUCUAUGAGAGAUGACAAAGCGAGCCGAAAAGCCAUUGAUGCUUACGCUUGCGUCCCUACGAAGAGCUCAGAACUCCUACUCUCAAACUGCUCGCCUCCCCACUGAGGUUCUGGAAGAGAUAUUCCUGCAUGGCUCGCCGUCCUACUCGAGAGACAAUCUCGCCGAUGAUUGGGUAUCGAUGUCGGCACAGUGGGUUUACCUACGUACAAUCACCCAUGUCUGUCACAGGUGGCGAGAGGUCGCGUUGGAUAUUCCCAAGUUGUGGACCCAUUUUGACGAUUCCUGCAAAGCUGUCCAGCAGGUUUUCCUUCAGCGUUCCGCUUCUGCCGAGAUCAGCAUCGCCACCUGGACCAAAAACCCUAGUCCUUUUCUUCAAAUGUUGUUGACCUCCCACGCUCCACGCUUGCAGGAACUACGGUUGCGAUCCUACGAUGACAGCGAUGAUGCGUUUCAGUUCACUGUGAAUGCUGUGCAGCUUCUACGACUGAAGCUUGGAGGGUUUAUAAGGUCAAAUACUCAACUGUCCACAACGCUGUUCGCCGCUUGUGCACCGUCUCUACAGCAGCUAUGUCUGGAACGCAUCCAUUGGGUGCCAAAUCAAAAAUUCGAACAUCUCACCGCCCUAUAUCUCGAGACUCCUCAAGCGCCUCUCAGGGACCUCUUGAACUUGCUGUCUAAUUGCUGCAAAUUAUCGGACUUAUUCAUCUGGGACCCUAAGUUCACAUUCAAUACCGACGAUCUAGAGAGUCGGACGGUGUCGUUGCCCAAACUGCGUAGAUUUGCCAUGAGCGACGAUUCCAUUCACGGCGCGAGAGCGGUGAUUUCUGCUCUCAAUAUCAGUCCUGAUGCCGCAAUACAGCUUGGCCAACGAUGCGUAAUGGGGCAGCCCCUGUUGAAUGUGCUUUCUCAGCUACCGCUUGUCGGGGCAACAACCAAGGUCUUUGUCGACCCCGAGUUUGUCAUCGGCACAAGCUCUUUGUCCGGCAUUCGCGGCCCCUACGAUAUCAUUGCGGCACUACCGCUGCCACAGAUCCAGGAGCUGUGGCUACCCGCACCUACAGAGAUUACUUCGACGCACGUUUCCGAUCACUUUAUUCGUCUGUUCCCGCGCAUGCUCAGCUUGGAAACUUUGGUGAUCACCGAUGUGCUCCGAAUUGAAGACACUCUGGUUGGCUUGAUGCACCCAGGGGGCAACAAGAUCCGCCCUAAAUGCCCCAAACUGCAUACACUCCGCGUAAUGUUCCAGAGUUGGCGAUAUGACCCUCCCCCAGCCUCCGUCGUCAAGCUUCUUGCUCACCACCAACAGGUACUUCAAUUAUCGCACCUAUCGAUAGAGUAUCUCCCAACUUAUGCAGACGGGGCGAAACCACACGUUAUGGUCAUGAAAACCAUGUAUGACCAUCACUUCCCUUCAGUGGAGUAUAAAGCGUUGCAGAACACACCGGAAAUGACAAUACCUCAAAUCUGCUUCGGCAUAAGAGGGCAUUACUGGCCCUCCUUCUUAGACCGGCGGAUGGACCGCUUCUUCUGAUGUCGUGUCCCACACCUUGCCCGGACUUCCCUUUCCUACCGGCAUACAAGAACACUGAAGA